ACUGCGAACUAUUUCCUCGAAUAAUUAUCGACCAAAAUUUGUUUGAACUAUAAGAAGAGUCUGCACACCGCACAUGUCCGCCCAAUGCACGCCAACUGUAACACCGUAGUAUGAGCAAUCCUAAAGCUCUCUUCCAAAACAAUUCCUAAAACAAAUGACUAGAUUUUAACUGGCCCAGUGCCGCUGGUGUUAGACUGCACCAGAAGUACUGGCUACGACUGGACAUAAAACAUGCGUCUAUGAGAAAUACAUGGAGCCGUUAACUGCGAUGGCUUCCGCAGUUACCUACGGGCAGCCACAGCCAAGUGAAGUUCGGCGAGGUUGAACACGUACGUCGCAAGAGGGCGGCGUGCAGUCUACAUCGAAGGAGUCAUGCCCGUGCGAAGAGCUAGAGUUGGAAGUGCCUGGAAAUGAACAGCAGGUGCAAGCGCCAGUGGGCGCGGACAGUUGGUAUACAAUAGCGACAGGUUCUACUUGCUCCUGGCGCUUUCUGUAUGUGGGUAUCCACAAGGAAUAUUUUUUUAAAUGGAGAAACCAUCCCGGGCCGGUUUCUACCGGCUUGAGAGUCCGACAUCUGCACGAGACGGUAUUUCGCCGACAUGCUGUCUGUACCGAAAACGACUUUGUAAGGGCUUCGUCCUUUUGUGGGUUCUAUCCGCCAUUACCAGCGUGUUGUACCUCUCGAUGCUCGCAGACAAGGGUAUUUUAAAGCUUCAACCGAAACCGCUCCAAGUAAAGAAAUAUGGAAAUAUGUCUACAUCAGGCUUUGCAAGCCAAAAACGUACCACAGUCUCCCAGCCGAUUGCAACGGAUACUUGGAGAAAACUUAGUCCCACCCUCGUUAGUAACUCUUUCUUCUACAUCCGAAACCCAAAGGCGAACUACAAUAUAUGCGAUCAGCUGGAACUGUACAUCGAAGCGAGGGAUGCUCAGAACAAGACAAAGACCAGGGGAGGCGACCACAUGUGGCCGUUCCUUCGGACAGCAUCGCUCAACGCCAGCGCCCCAGCGGACGAGCUGAUCGACCACGGUAACGGUACCUACACCGCUCGCUUCUCACUGCACUGGGCUGGGGAAGUCGAGCCGCAGGUACGGUUUGUCUUCAGUCGCGAGCACGCUCAUUUCCUGCGGAGCGUCAGGGAGCGGGUGCCAGACAGGUUCACCUACGAUGGCAAGUUCACGGACAACAGAACGAUCGAGAUAACACCGUGCCACAUUAACCGAAACAUAUUCGUCGACAGGGCGGCCGUGGGGCUUUCGUACGCCUCGAAGUCAGAAGUUUGCGACCUUUCUGAUCGAAAAGCGGGGACAACUUGGUUCUGCCUCAAGCCGGCGACACUUACGUGCGCCAAUUAUGCUCAGCACAAGGCCAAUUUGCAAAGAAAGGGCAGAGAGUAUGUCUAUUCAUUACUACUACCCAACAAAAGAAGAGUUGCUCAUAGUCAAGCACUGUUGCAAAGCCUUGGCAGAGUGAGGACUGUCCAUGUGAAUUCUGGAGUGAGUGAUAGCACUUGUCUGGACCUUUCACCCUGUUAUCUUGGCCUUCCACCCAAGCGACCUCACCGCGCCGCUGGAUACUACUUCAGAGAUCUGUGGAAGUCGAAGGUCUGCCACGCCAGGGAACUUCGGCUGACUGACACCUUGAGAUGUCUGAGAAAUAAGCGCCUGUACUUCUACGGGGACUCCACCAUACGGCAGUGGUUCGAGUACUUGGUUGCCCACCUCGGUGACUCCAUGAAGGAGGAGAGAAUCACAUCCAUAACCGUCUCCAAAGUUGGCUUGAGGCGUGGCUGGGACGCCACCCAUAACAUUACCCUGUUUUUCCGUCAUCACGAAUACCCCAUACGGAACUCCUGGAUCGACGUGGCAAACAUCAAGUUUACUGUCAACGAGAUCGACGGCUUACCGGGCGGAGCGGACACGGUGGUGGCUCUCACGAUGUUUGCCCACUUCACGCACACCAACCUCACGUAUUACCAGUCUCGGCUGGAGCGAGUCAGGGACGCCAUUGGGCGGCUGCAGAGGCGAGGGGCGGGAACCAGUCCCGUCUUCAUCAAGUCGGCCAACACCGGGAACCCCAUCUCAGCGGACACCAGCGACCUUUACGCCUACGAUCUCGACCAGACGAUGAGGGCGGUGUUUGCAGAUUCCCCCGACGUCACCAUUCUAGACGUUUGGGACAUGACCCUGUCUCAUCGAAGUGGAUACAAUAUCCAUCCCGUGGAAGCUGUUGUUCGGGAAGAAAGCAAGAUGUUUCUGAAUUUCCUUUGCAGUGAAGCUGUUUCCACGAAACAGACACUAUAAGCAGACACCGGUAGUUUACUAAGGGGUAACUUUAUCAAGUCUUAAAGGUUUAUUAUCGUUAAGACGUUAAGACUUUCGGCUGAACGUUUUACUGAUUAUGUUACAGAAUUGCACGACUGUCGCGUUAGAUGUUUAGCCAUGGAUGAUUUUGUUUUGUCUGUAUACUUUUAAGCUGACUGAACCCUACCCACCUCCCAUUUUAUUCACAUAGGGUGUCAUCUUCUGACCCAGCUAUUGUUACUCGCUCUUUAGCGUUUACUUUUAUAGAUUUUACCUGUUGCAUGCCAUAUUUUAUCAGUUAUGCUGACCUUUGCCUCCUGGUCCUUACGUUUGAAAAAAAAUUGUUCUCUGUAAUCUGAACGGCUUGAGACAGUUUCGUCAUCAAGUGAUGAAGUUAAAAAUUUCAAACACAAGAGCUUCCUGCGUGAGUAAAUUAGUAUUCAAGUGAAAAGUGAUAUCUCCUCGAAUGUUACUUAUACAAAAGAAGCUUAAAUCUGAACAAAAGCUCAAUAAUACCCGUAAUAUUAUCAGUACAGUGGAGCUAAGAUAAAUUGGUUACGGACAGCAGUGUUAGAACUUCUGAUAAUAAAGCUGUUUAUGAGGGCAGUCACCUCGAUUUGGCACGGUGAAUCUGGAAACGAGAAGUAUAAGGUCACAAAUACUGGUCACCCGUUCCUUUGCUUGAAGAUCACCGCCAGCAACGAUAAAUCCCGUGCAGUAUGUCUUUCCGUAGAGCCUACUUCUCGUGCUUGACAAAAUAAUAAAAUAGCAUGUCAGGUUAAGAGAGUUCCCAAUCUGACUUAUUAACACUCAGUAUCCCAGUGUGAAUGACAACUAAGAUUCACCACACUGACUUGCCUUGAAAUACAAUUAUAUAUUUUCAAAUCCACAACGUGCUUAGGUCUCAUUAACGAUGGCCAUCUUUUAUAUGACUGAAGAUGCCAGCGGAAUUGUCCACAGAGCAGCGUUAGCGUGCCUGGCACAUUGUUUGAGUACACAGGUAUUUUUCUCACAAAUGAGCCUAUUACAUCGUUCACUGGUAAUAGUAAUCAUUUUGUGAUAAGAUUUAACUUUCUGACGUUCACAACGGAACAAUAUUGACACAGGUGUUGGGUACAUACACUGUACAGUUUGCCUGUGCAGCUGUAAUAAUCAAUACUGGGUGUUGUUUUUUCCUCGUUUGUAUGUACCAAAUGUAGCACAUUUAAGCAUGAAGUGAAUUGGAAUUUGUGUGUGUGUGCUCAGUGCUUAGCCAAAUAUGCACAACGUGUACCCAUCUAAACAAUUAUUUAGAGGAUAUAAAAGGGCUGCGUAGCACC